CACAUUUCUCCAUUUUGCUGGAGUCGUUUGUCUGGCUAGUCUACAUCUCCGGGAUAAAGAGUUUGAGUCAGACACAUUGUAGGCUAUUAUAUUAGUUUGAAAGGCGAAUAAUAGAAUCAGUCAAAAUGAAGAAGGUCAUUCUGUUCGUGUUUAUACUCUGCGCUAUUGUCUCAGCGCUGGCAUCUUCUCAAGAGGACACCAAAAGAUCCAAACCGUCUGCAACUGUCUUCCCCCCCUCUGAGUUUGACGCCACGUCCAACACUGCCUCUACUACAACUGAGACUGCAUUAACCACCACAGAAGCCCAGACUAAUGCCACCACAGCAGCUCCUACUACAACACCUACUCCCACUACGACUGCAUCCCACAGCACCACAGCUGCCCCCACAACAGCAAAUGCCACCACAGCUGCCCCUACAACAGCAAAUGCCACCACAGCUGCCCCCACAACAGCAAAUGCCACCACAGCUGCCCCCACAACAGCCAAUGCCACAACAGCCAAUGCUACCACAGCUGCCCUCCCCACCACACAUGCUCCCAUCACUACUCCCGCUCCAAAACCGGAGCCCACCCCUGCUGCUAACCUGACCGUGGGAAACUACACUCUCAAGUCGGGGAAGGGUCUGUGUCUGAUGGCUCAGCUGGCCCUACAGAUCAGAGUGGAAGACACUGGAAAGACAGGAGUAUUCAUCGUUCAACCAGUGAUGACAAAGGUUGAAGGGGGUUGUGAGAAAUCCACGGCCAACUUAACCCUCAAGUUCAAGGAGGGCUUCAUCACCUUCAUUUUUAAUAAGAACACCACCCAAAACGCUGUCUAUGUCGACACUGUUUCUUUCCAUCUUUCCUACCCGUUAACAUCUGGAGAGAACGGCAAAAUAUCUCCACCCUACGUCGCCAAAAAUGGGUCACUGGAUCUCUUCCUCGCUAAGGUUGGCCACUCCUACUCCUGCAAGAGCGAAUCAGUUUUCAUGGGAAACGGGCUCUAUCUGGAUGUCACCCAGGACAGGAUGCAGGCCUUCAACCUCACCAAGGAAUGGGACUUCGGCACAUCUGACCCCUGCCCCGCCGACAGACCUGCUGACUACCGCGUGGCCAUUGCUGUGGGGAUUGUCCUCCUUAUCCUCAUCAUCAUCGUGGUGGUGGCCUAUCUCCUGAGCAGGCGAAAAAGAUCAGAUGGCUACCAGUCCCUCUAAAGAGCCAAUCUGGGGUCAAAGGGCACACUGUAUCAGCUCACAGUCUCAAUCCACCCAUCGUGUUUUUGUCACUUUCUGUUAACUGUUAACACUGCUGUAACCCCAACUGCUCACACACAAACUAACUAUAUGGAUAAGAUGAGGGAAUAUUUCAGCGUUGUAGACCGGCAGUUCCAUUUUAGUUGAUUUGUACAUUCAUUAAUUGAGGUGGAUAAAAUGUAUUGGAUCAGAUACUAGGAUUAAAAUAUACUGACUUUGACUAUACUCACUCUGAACUCUUUGGCUUCUGAACACUUUAGAUUGUGUCAUUUGUGCUACUGUGAUAUCCAGUGCUACUGUGACAUCCAGUGCUACUGUGACAUCCAGUGCUACUGUGAUAUCCAGUGCUACUGUGACAUCCAGUGCUACUGUGACAUCCAGUGCUACUGUGACAUCCAGUGCGACUGUGACAUCCAGUGCUACUGUGACAUCCAGUGCUACUGUGAUAUCCAGUGUGACUGUGACAUCCAGUGCUACUGUGACAUCCAGUGCGACUGUGACAUCCAGUGCUACUGUGAUAUCCAGUGCUACUGUGAUAUCCAGUGCGACUGUGAUAUCCAGUGCUACUGUGAUAUCUAGUGCUACUGUGACAUCCAGUGCUACUGUGACAUCCAGUGCUACUGUGACAUCCAGUGUGACUGUGACAUCCAGUGCUACUGUGAUAUCCAGUGCUACUGUGACAUCCAGUGCUACUGUGACAUCCAGUGCUACUGUGAUAUCCAGUGCUACUGUGACAUCCAGUGCUACUGUGACAUCCAGUGCUACUGUGACAUCCAGUGCUACUGUGACAUCCAGUGGUACUGUGACAUCCAGUGCUACUGUGACAUCCAGUGCUACUGUGACAUCCAGUGCUACUGUGACAUCCAGUGCUACUGUGACAUCCAGUGCUACUGUGACAUCCAGUGCUACUGUGACAUCCAGUGCUACUGUGACAUCCAGUGCUACUGUGACAUCCAGUGCUCGACAAACCAUCAACUAUUGUGUCUGUAUUUGUGUUACCUUUUAUUUCAGAAACAUUCAGUGCGGUAUUUCACAAUGUGCUUUCCACUAUAGCUGGAUUUUGAGCCUUUGCUGUCUUGAUAUUUUUUUUCUUAUUAUUAAUUUCUUUGUGUUUGUACCACUGCCCUCAACCCUUUAGAACGGCCUAUCAGGCUAUUUGAUUUCUGAAUCGUAAUCUAGAUGAGGUUAUCAUGGGCCUUUUUUUUUAUGUAUUCCACUCAGUUAAUCAAAGGGAAUGUUUCAGGUUUUAAAUGUAAAGUUUUGUAAAAGGGAGGCAUACUUUUGAAUGUAAAUGUCAAUUUGUGUUUUCAAUUUCUUGUCUAUUUGUCUCAAGUCUUUUGUUAACCAUUAUUUGCUAUUACACACUCUUUCCCUUAUGAUGUGGUAAUAAUUUGGUAUGUAAACAUGUUUGAGAACAUUUUAUUAGUCAAAUGUGACAACCAUAAAAAAUUGCAGGGCCACUGAUUGUUUAUCUUGUCAACUUUGACAGUGGUCAGAUAGCUUGAGGUAGAAGUUGCCUUUAACCACAGAUGUAGAAUCAGAUAACCUAAACCUGCCUAUCAUAAGGAGGAAAAAAGGAAUACAAACUUAUGACUCUGGGGCAAAUUGUAUUAUAAGGGAUUGCAUUUGGGAUCAGAAAGCACAUUGAACAAGUUCUGACUCAUCUAAACAUCAGGGAACAUUACUGUUCUAUGUUCCCACAGUUACAGGUUCCUAAUGUUGAUUAUGGCCUAUAUUACUAUUCUUUGAGUUUAAUUUAGGAAAAAAUUAUUUAGAUUUGUUUAUAUGCUAUUAUGUGCCAUGUAUCAUCUUGAAAAAAGGUUGAAAAUGAAAACAUCCCAAAUAAAGUUGUAUUAAUUUGUAAA